GCUCCCAGCCUCUGCCCCGCUUUGACCCACUAGCCCCCCAUCCCCUGCUCAUGACACCCUGGUGGGAAGCGAUAGUUUUUGUAGGGCCUACACACGUGUGUGACUUCCAUGCGGCUCCCGGUGUGCGUUGCAGGGGCUGUUCCCAUCAGAUCCUGCUUGGUGUCCCCCCCACCUCCCCAGGAUGCUGCCCCUCUUCCUCCUGGCUGUGGCCCUGCCCCUGCCCCUGCCUCGUGUGGCUGCAGGGGGCAUCUCCUGCUAUGACGAUGCCGGGCAGCCCGUGGACUGGUUCCUGGCCUACAAGCUGCCUCGGCCCCGGCACAGCCCCCCGGCCGAGGGCAUGCGCUACAUGUACCAGGAUGCCCGCUCCGGCGGCUGGGUGCCCGGCCGCGCCCUCAUGAACAGCACCCAGAGCGCUGUGGGCAGGACCCUGCUGCAGCUCUACCAAGGGGCAAACAGGCGGACGGAAAGACAUGGCCUAUAUCCUGUACAACGACCAGCCCAAAGAGUCACCUCUCCACCAGCGCCCCGGGGGCACACGAAAAGGGUAACCCCCCCGCGCACGGCCAGGCCUGAGCCCAGAGAGGCACCAGGCAGCACCACUGCCCCGAAGCAGGGAGAGAACGCGUUGGAGCUGACCCAGACAGCGACCCUGGCUCUGGGAGGGGCGUGGGGUCCUGGUGUUGAGCAGCGGGGCGGAGCUCAAGAGCCAGCGGACUUCCUGGGUUCUUUUCCCCGUGCCAGCGUGGUCCUGCUGGACAGAGCCCAGGGCUUCUGGCUGCUGCACAAGCACCCCCCACUACCCGCCCCCCACGCCAGAGACCUACGCCUGGCCCACAGCGGGCUGCACAACGGCCAGUCCCUUCCUGUGCGGUCACCUUACCCCUACGCCCAGUUCAAGGAGGAUUGGCCUCGAGAUGCAUGCCCGUGCGCGAGAGCCCCCUGGAACCGCAGCGUGGCCCUGACCCCGCUGGGGGGGCGCGCUCCUGAGCCUGGGCCAAGUUCCGGCGUCUUCCACGAUGAUCUCUACUCCGGCUGGGUGGCCCAGGCUCUCUCCAGCGACCUCUACGUCCAGUUCUGGCCCAACUCGCGGGGGGUCCUGCCCUCCAACUGCUCGGGGUCCUACCGGGUGUAUAACAUCGAGGAGCUGGGCUUCCCGGCCCCGGGGCCCCACUUCUCAGCUACCGUCGACCACUCCAAGUGGUGCGUGAGCACCGAGCACGCGCCCGGCUGGGCCUGCGUGGGCGACAUGAACCGCAACUUGGAGGAGGAGCAGCGGGGAGGGGGGACCCUGUGCCAGCAGGACCCAGCCGUCUGGAAAUCUUAUUGCGCCCUAGUGCAGAGCUAUAGCAAGUGCUAGGAGGGGAGCAGGGGCUAGUGGGUGGAGCCGGGAUUGGGAGUCCGUCACCGCCCCAGUGACUCUCCAGGGGAACCGUUCAGUGCCUCAGUUUCCCCAUCUGUGACACUUGCACUUACCUACCUCUCUGGGUCGGUGGGGUUGGGGGAUUCAAUGGUGCUUGCGAAGCUGUGGGGAUCUCCAUGCCCCUGUAUAAAUGCAGCCCCCACACUGGCUCUUUCAAUAAUAAUCUUGCAAUUUCUAA